GGCUUCCCAGUGCGUGCGUCAAAGCGUUACAGAUAGCAUUAUGACCGCAAUCACCGUGAAUCUCCUGCUUGAUGCAAAAGUGGGCUAUCUGUUUACAACAAAACGUCUCUCCUCGCAGAGAGGUGAGUCUUUUCUGCACCUCCUCUGCGUCGCUCCUGUGCGUCCUUUAACAUCCCCGCGCCCUCCAGCUGGAGACAGUCGCGGCGCGCACACGCCAGCAGCGCAUCGGAGCAUCGGCGUGUCCUUUUCGGCUUGAGCUCUUUGCGCAACUCAUUAUGGGAUUGUCAAGAAAAAGAUCUAAACUACUGACAGUUAAACCUUCGCGAAACCAGUGAAACAGGUCUGGGGAAUAUCUAAAUGUGAAGAUUAGACACAAGCUCUGAAGAAGUGGCGCACAUAUUCUGACUGGUGCGAUCAAAUGCUACAGGUGGGAUGCCGUAAUCAGCUUUAGAGAGGGAGAGAUCAUGGAGCCCUGGUCAUUCCCAUCAUCCCCUCUGAACCUAUCCGAGCACCUCAUGUAUGACAGCUUCAUGCAGGGGAAUGAGUCCAGUAUCAACGGGAGCUACACAGACCACAGCUUCAACCAAACCAGCACCGUGGUCAUCACUUGUUUGUACUUUCUAGUUUGCGCUGUGGGUCUUUGUGGGAAUGCCCUGGUCAUCUACGUUAUCCUGCGCUAUGCCAAAAUGAAGACAGUCACCAACAUCUACAUCCUUAAUCUGGCAGUGGCAGAUGUGCUCUUUAUGCUUGGGCUGCCAUUCAUUGCUAUUCAAUUAGCCUUGGUCCACUGGCCCUUCGGGCCUGUGCUCUGCAGGGUUGUUAUGACUGUGGACUCUCUGAACCAGUUCACUUCUAUCUUCUGCCUAAUGGUAAUGAGCAUUGACCGCUACUUGGCAGUGGUGCAUCCUAUAAAGUCCACAAAGUGGCGGAAACCACGCAUUGCCAAGAUGAUCAAUUUAGCCGUGUGGGGGGUGUCGCUGGUGGUCAAUCUGCCCAUUGUUAUCUACAGCGGUGUGAUUACGAAGCACAACGGCUGCUUCUGCACCAUUGUCUGGCCAGAACCUCAGGAGACCUACUACACAGUCUUCAUGUUCUACACCUUCAUUCUGGGCUUCUUCUUUCCCCUCAUGGUCAUCUGCCUCUGCUACCUGCUCAUCAUCUUCAAGGUGAAGUCUUCAGGCAUCCGAGUAGGCUCCUCCAAAAGGAAGCGAUCAGAACGGAAGGUCACCCGGAUGGUCUCCAUUGUUGUGGCUGUGUUUGUUUUCUGCUGGCUGCCUUUCUAUGUUUUCAACGUGACCUCAGUGACGGGCAGCAUCAGCACUACCCCCAUCCUGAGGAGCACAUUUGCCUUUGUGGUGGUUCUAGGAUACGCCAACAGCUGUGCCAAUCCCAUCCUCUAUGCCUUCCUGUCAGAGAACUUCAAGAAGAGUUUCCAGAAUGUUCUGUGCCUUAAGAAGGUAGGAGGGCUGGAUGAGGUUGACCGCAGUGACAGUCGGCAGGACAAAUCUCGUAUGAUGAAUGACCCUACAGAGACCCAGAGUACUUUGCUCAAUGGUGACCUGCAGACCAGUAUCUAAGAGGAAGUUUUACCAACCUCGUUUCUCCACAAAUGUCCUAAUUAUUAGGUAUCAUUGAACUGAUAAAGACAAGACACCAGAUCAGACUGCUAUUCUCUUGUUUUGGUUGUGUUUUUCAGCAUAAUAGAAGACAUUAUAUAUAUAUAUAUAUAU